AUGUCACAUCACAAUGAUCGUUUAUCUUUGGACGUCCAUCCUCAUCAUCAUCAUCAUCAUCAUUCUUUGACACCUCCAAUAUAUCUUUUAAAAUUACAUAGUAUCUAUUUAAUAUCAAGAAGGUUAAAUCUUGAUAUAAAUUUUUCUCAACCACAAGCUCUUCAAUACUUUAUUACCACUCAACCUGGAGUCUACAACUAUGCAAUCCUCAGAUUGAGUGAUGGUACCACUCUCGACAAUUCCACAUUCACCGCUCCCUACUUUAACCCAUGGGGCUAUCUAUCCACCAAUGAUACUGACAAUGUACUUAUUUUGGGUUCUGCUCCUCAAGUAGGUCUCCAAGUCAAAUCAUAUUCUGUUCAAACCAAUUCUUUGACAAAUGUUUACGAUGGACAAUCCCAAUACAGUUUUAGUUUUAAGAUUCAACCAAUUGUUUGGGAUCCAGUAUCUCUAGUUGCCUCUGUUGCUGGUUUAAGCAUGGCCAAUGAAUAUGGUGCACUUGCCAUUAUUCAAUUUGGUUUUGGUCAACAAACUCCAAAAUCUGCCAUUAACUUGGGUGUUCAAGGAGGAACUUUUAAUACUGCACCAAUUGGUGCCUAUGAUGGAUCUAACUAUUACUAUAUCUACUAUAAUAUGGGUGCUACUAUCGGACUUGUCAAAUACUCGUUCAAGGAUUACACCUUUUCCAAGACUGUACUCAACCAAGAGGGUGGUGAUAUAGUUGGUAGCCAAUCACUCUUUUUCUACAAUAACCAAAUCUAUUUGGCCUCUGUCUACUCCAAGGUAGGUGUUACCAUCUCUACCAUCAACUAUCAAACCGGAGAUAUCGCAAUCAUCUACUCUGACUCGAAUAUCAAAAAGGGAUUCACACAAACCAUCCAAACAUUUGUCUUUGACCAAGACACUGGCUCAAUUAUCAUCCUCAACGUCGAAAAUGAUAACCUCUAUGUCGAUAUCUUUGAUGUCACCACUGAAACUGUCACCUCGUCUAUUUUAGACAACACCAUUCCACCCAAUACCAAUACUAUUGCAGUAUCUACCUAUACCAUCCCAUCUGCUUCUUUUUCAAAUUAA